ACCUACAGUUGGGUUAAAAGACAAAAGCGAGAGAAAUGGGCAGUCCUAAUAGCGUUAGUUUGGUAACACAGUUACUACUUAGUUGUGGACUUUUGGUUUUGGCCACGUCUACACCAACAAAUCCAGCAACUACGGAUGUUUUAAAUAAGGUUCAUGUUGAGGACUUGGAACCAGUGGACGAUGUACCCACCUCCCGCAUUGUUGGCGGCCAAUACGCAGCCGACGGUCAAUUUCCCCACCAAAUAUCAUUAUAUAUAAAUGGCGAUUUUAUUUGCGGUGGUUCUAUCAUUAGUGCCAGUUACGUGGUGACGGCGGCGCAUUGUGUAACCAGUAAGCCUGGCAUCAAUUAUCCGGCUUCUUUCUUCACGGUGCGCGCUGGUUCUUCGCAACUCUACACAGGCGGAGUAUACGUGAGCGUCGCCCAGACCAUAGUUCAUCCUCAAUAUCGUAAUUACAUAUACGACAUUGCGCUCCUUCGUCUAAGUACGAAACUCUCCUUCAAUAGUCGCAUUAAGGCAAUAUCGUUGGCUACUGUUGAGCCGCCCAAUAAUUCAGCUAUUACCAUCUCCGGUUUUGGCCGUGUGCGUACUAGUGGCGAAUUGCCGUCACGUCUUAAAUACAAUACUUUGCGUAGCCUCACCUAUGCCAACUGUAGACGUUUCAUUAGCGAUGUCGACCCGACGACACUCUGCUUGUCGCACACUAUAGGCAAUGGUGCCUGCUAUGGUGACUCUGGUGGUCCAGCGGUCUACAAUGGUAAGUUGGUUGGUGUGAGCAACUAUAUUGUUAAUGGUUGUGGCUCCAGUUAUCCCGAUGGUUAUGCGAAGAUUCCAUCAUUCCGCAAUUGGGUGCGCCAAAACUCUGAUUUGCCAUGAGUUCAGGAGUUAACGAAAUCUAAAGAAUUGACUAACCGUUGUGACAUACAUAUACAAAGCAAAAUAAUAAUAAAAUAUUAAUUACAGAUGA